AAUUUGAGCAGAUGUAGAAUAAUAAGAAAGCCAAAAGAACAAAAUUGACAAAAGAACAAAUAGAUGUUUUGUAAUAAGCAUUUACAUUGUUUGAUACAGAUAAAUCAGGAUCAAUUGAUGAAUCAGAAUUAAGGAAUGCCAUGAAAGUAUAGCACUAAGUUUGAUUGUUUAGGCUCUUGGAUUCAAUGCAUCCAAAGAAGAAGUACAAAAGAUGGUUGAAUAAAUAGACAGAGAUGGAUCUGGAACAAUUGAAUUUCAGGAAUUUGUGGAAAUGAUGAAGAAGAAAAUGUUGGAGGACAAGAAUGUUGAAGUAGAAAUAGAAAAAGCAUUUAACUAUUUUGAUGAUGAUAAUGAAGUAUUCCAAUAUUCAAAUCUUUAGGGUGCUAUUGAUCUAGAAAAAUUGAGAAGAGUUGCAGCAGAUUUAGGAGAAGAAUGCGAUGAACAAACCUUAAAAGACAUGAUUUACGCUGCUGAUCUUGAUCAAGAUGGUAAAGUUAGUAAAGAUGAAUUCAUGAUGGUUAUGAGGAAGAUGAAAUUAAUAUGAUAUAUGCUGUAAAUUU